CCUGUCAUUUUGCGACACUUAAGAUGGCUGCCUCCAUGAGAUUAGCGUGUGCCGCUUCGGUACCGGGAAGGCUACUUAGAGCAGAGUUUCCACCCCGCCCCCCGACGUUAAGGAGUUUAUAAAGCGGCAGUAGUGCUAAUUCUUCUCUCUGGUAGGACGAAGAAGAUUCCCAAGAAGGAGCAGAGCAGAAGCGUAAGGCGCGCAUAAAUACGAGCGGAGAGAAGCAAAACUAUUAAGAGGUUGGAGGACCGGAGUAAGACUUGAUACUGAUGAUCAGACCUAUAGCGGGUCCUGCUUGUUUGUUGUACAGAUACAGUUUGGGGACAGACAAGUAGCAGCAAGAGCCACGUGAGUGACUUUGGCUUUCUAGAAGUAAUGAUGCGCCCCGUGUUGCUGUCACCUUGUGUUAAAAGUUGCUCCCGGAUACUUGCCCAGUUCUGGGCUGAAGGAGGUGGAAAGCCCAGGCAGCGGCGAUGCCUCUUCUCCAGUUCUCCGUCGCUUUCUUCGGCUUCCUAUUGGAGCAAAGUGGUUUCGGAGGCCGAGAAAAUUGUGGGCUACCCGACCUCUUUCAUGAGCCUUCGGUGCCUCUUGAGCGACGAGCUGAGCAACAUCGCUAUGCAGCUGCGCAAAUUGGUGGGAACCAACCACCCCUUGCUUAACACGGCCAGAGGCUUUGUGUCUGACACCAGGAACAAUUUGCAGAUGAGAGGCCUAGUGGUUUUACUUGUGUCUAAGGCUGCUGGCCCCAACUUGUCAAUAGAAGAGUCCAUUCAGAAUGACAUUGUCAGUGGGAUAUAUUCCAGUCAACGAACUCUUGCAGAGAUCACAGAGUUGAUCCACACAGCUUUUCUUGUGCAUCGUGGAAUAGUAAACAUUGCUGAACUGACAUCCUCAGAUGGAGCAUUGAAAGAUAUGCAAUUUGGAAAUAAAAUGGCUGUCCUGAGUGGUGAUUUUCUUCUAGCAAAUGCCUGUACAAGUCUUGCUCAGCUGCAAAAUACUAAGGUGGUAGAGAUUAUGUCAAGUGCCAUUGGUGAAUUAGUACAAGGAAUAUAUUAUGAAAAGUCAAGCUCAGGAAAGGAAAACAUUCUUACAGACGACAUCAGAAUAUCAGAUUGGAAAGAGCAGGUUUUCCAAUCUCAUUGUGUUUUGCUGGCGAAAGGCUGCAAGGCUGCAAUGGAGUUGGCAAAGCAUGCGGCAGGAAUUCAGAAGAUGGCGUUUAUGUAUGGGAAACACAUGUCUAUGUGUCACAAGCUAAAUGCUGAUAUUCAGCCAUUUAUUGAUGGAAAUUCGAAUGAUUCCCUGCCAUUUAACUUAAAUUCUGCUCCUGUAAUAUUCCAUCAAGAGUUUGUUGGAAGAGAAGUCUGGAUUAAGCAAAUUAAAGAGAGUCAAGGCAAAGGAGACUUAAUAGACUAUAGCAAGUUGCAAGAAGCAAUCAAGGCUAGCAAAGGUGUGACUUCAGCUAUUGACCUAUGUCGUUGCCAUGGAAACAGCGCACUGGAAGCUCUAGAAUGUUUCUCUCCCUCUGAGGCCAGAUCUGCCUUAGAAAACAUUGUUUACGCUGUGACAAGAUUUCCAUAAUGUAGAAUUGGGGGAAAAAAACUGUUGUUCAUUUGUGGAAACGAGCCAAACAGAACAGGUGAUUGCAAAAGUCAGAUCUGCCAUUGCUAGGGAUCCAAAUGCAUUUGUGGCUUUAAAAAAAAAAAGUGUUUCUGUUCCAUUCACUACAUUCCCAAAUGAACACAUCUCCUUCAGAACUGCUACAAACAAAAUUAGGGAAAAAAGGUCAAACAGUUUUCAGUUGUCAUGCCAGAAGCACACUUGAGGCUGCACUGGUAGAAAUAAUUAAUGACACUAGCUUCUGUGACCUCAGCAAAUGGACAGGAAAUAAGUCCUUAUUGAUUGGACAUAGUCAGGGAUGGCGCCAGCAUGGUGGCCUGUGGUUUUCCUACAGAAGAGAAGACAGAGGGGGCCAUGAAGCUGCAGGGAGCAGUGGUUUCCACAUUUAUUAGAAAGCUGGGUGCUUAAAAGUAGAAUUUAUGUAGCAAUUUAUCAACACAAAAGGGAGCUUGAUGAAUUGGCAGAAAGGAGUGGAUUUUUAUCCUACAUGAAAUGUUUCUGUAGGAGUUUUUCUGUGCACUGAAAUAUAAAAUAACCUUAUAACUAUUAUGUUUAAACAGGUCGCUGAAAGAGCAUUGUAAGUAUGGAAAGCCCUUAUUGUGAUGUUGAAUUGUUUUUGAAAUUCUGUUCUGUUCUUUUUUUGUGCAAUUCUGAUUAAAAAAAUGGAACUUUAAACAGUGAUUGCUUUUUCUAUAUUGUACAAAAACAAAUACUGUAUUUUCUUACAUUUAUCAAGAAAUCUACUCAGUUUUCAUUUUUGCCCAAUGUUAAAUCAAUUUUUGCUUCAGUUAUCUAUCAUAAAGGAUUAAAUGAUAGUUCUUUCUCUCUUCCCUCUGUACAGGAUUUCAUCCCCUGAAUGGAUGUAUAAGAAGUGUUUUAACCUUACUGUGUCAAAUGUUAAAGUCCAAUUACAGAGAGAAUACAUGGUAUAUCAGAAGCCUGCAAUCAGACACUGUCUCUAUUUUGUUCAUAGGAGAUGAAUUUUGUGGUUUGCAUGCUUGCAAUCUGAGAACAUCGUUGACAAGAAGGCUGAGUUUACAUAAAUGAUCCAGAUUGAGACUCAGCUACCUUUCUUCCUUGUGUGGUGUAAUUACAGCCCAAUCUGGAGACAGCUAGCACAGCAAACAGAUUUCAUUACAUUGCUCUUUCAAACACUAAGUGGAGUUAUUUUAGUUAAUUUUUUUUUCUCUGUGUCUCUCUAGUGAUGUGUCAUACACCUUCUGCAUAAUGGCAAAUAUUUCACCAACAGAAACAUUAUUUUUUAAAGUUGAAGAUUUAGUUUCACUUAUGAGAUGCACAUGGGGAAUUAAUGCAUUUUCAAACCUUGACUAGCUAGACUGGACUUCUGGUACUUUCCUUGUGUACAAAAAUAUUAUCACACUAUUAGUAUUUAGUAAUUACAUGAAUAAAUCAAACUAUUUCAGUCCUAAGGAACAUUCCGUUUUGAAGGAAGGAUGGAUAGACAGAUGGAUAGCAAUUUUUUUGUUUCAAAUAUAUUUUAUCAUUAAGGGUUACUUUUAAAAUAUUAGCACAUGUAGCAUAAUAAUUUGAAAUUUAUGAAAUUAUUAUCAACAUUAGACUACAUGUGCCACCAAUCUAAUCUUAUAGCAGUCCUUGUAAUAAAUAUGUAAAUAGUAUCCACAAAAAGGACACAGAAACAUUACAGCUAAAUUAUUAAGAUAUUCAGAUUCCGAUAAAAGUAGAUGGGAAACUGCAAUAGCCACAAAAUUGUCAGAAUUUUUAAGUACUUCAAUUUUUAUUUAACAAUAUUGUCUUCUUAGCCUAACAAUUGCUUGAUCUAUGGAGGACUUUCCAGCUACAGAUACAUAUUUAUCAUCUGAUAAGUUACACAAUGGACCUCAGAAGGAAGUUAUGUCAUGUGAACAGAAAACUUCUCAUGAAAUCUUAAUUUUUCUAUACUUUCAGGAAUCUGAAAAUAAGAGUGUUUGGUAUUAUACUGUAGUAUUUAGCUUCCACUACAUUUUUUUAAAAUAAAUCUGAAUUGGAUUCUGAAUCUUCAGAAUAAUUUAAAUACAACAAGUGAAAUAUAUUGUAAGUCACCCAGAGUUACCAUGUGGCAAAAUAGGUGGCUAAUAGGUGGGAGUUUUGUACUUCAGAGGGGGGGGGAUAUGUGGCUAAUGAUGGUUGUGAUGACAUUGAUACUUGUCAAUAGUUGUUCCUUGACACUGGCAUUUUAGAAAUCAUGCUUAAUUUUGAUAUAAACUUUUUAUUCAUCUUUAAAAGUUUGUUUUCUAAGUAUUAAUGUUAAUCUCUAGUCAAUAUUGUAUAAAUACUGUACUCAAUAUAAUGUAUUAACUGUGUUUUAUAAUAAUAAAGUAAAACCAAAGAUGAUACUUGUACAGGAGUACUCCAUACCAUACUUUUAGGCAGAAAACACUUGCUAGAUCAAGGGAAGCCGCCAAUCUUAGCACCUAAUAACAGUAAGAAUACUUUAAAGAAAAUAAUCAUUUUCUCAUGGAAAUAAUUUCAUUUUAGAGAUAUGUGAAGAUAUGUGAAGACUAAAAAAAUAAUGCAUUGGUAGGCAAAAUCAAGUUUUAUUGGAGAGUUUAGUGAAAAACAUCUGCCAAUUGAACUAUAGGAAGUUGAAGAUAUAUUUGAAUAGAUUUUCUGUCAUGCCUUACAACUGCAAAAUCAUGUUGCCAGUUUCUAUACAAACUCGCUUCUAAUGAAGUUUUCUUGCUCUGAUAUAUAAACCAAUACCUAGUUCAAUAUAUAACUGAAGAUUAAAAAGGGAAAGAAAAUCAAUUAUGUAAAUAAGUAUAAAUUUAAAAAUGGUACAAUGCAUCUGCAAGAGAUAGCAUAUAAUCUUCCAUUCAAAGUUUGCUGAUGUGUAUCAUAAUAUUUCUAUAUUCAUAAGAUUUUUAGAUCUGAUUUUAUUUUAUAUUUCAGGCACUAGAAUCUCUAACUGAGAGCAAAUCAUAAUCUCUGUCUCCUGAAUCUAUGAUGGAUUCUUUCAAAAAACUGUUAACUAUUUUAGGAAACAUGAUCAAGUGGCUCAGUUCUGUUGGGAAUGUGUUAGAAAGCACUCCAUUUCCUGAAUUAAGUUUUCUAGUCUGUAAUACUGUAAUUAGUACAGGCAGAAUGCAGAAUCUGAUCCAUUCUGUAAAUCUUUUGAGAUAGCUGAAACCUAACAAAAACAAUCAGCAGUGUACUGCUGGAAAAUGUAACAUAUUCCUUGCUAACACCACAUCUAAAUCCUACUGACCUUUCUUAUGUUUACUUUCAAUGACAGAUUUUUUUUCCUAAGAGGCACACUAUUUUUAUGGUACAUACAGAGUUUUUUAUUCAAUGUUUCUAUUAAAACACUUCAUAAUGAAAGUGUCUUGGGUUACCUCUGUCAUCCAUUAGGAGUGGUAUUUUAUUUUGAAAGACCUGGGGGUGAAACCAAGUGUUUCCAUAUAUAAUUAUUAACAAGGGACUCAUAAAUACUUCUGUAUUAGGUCAAUGUAUCCUCUAUGCCCAACAGAACAUCAAUAUCCGUUUUGUUUCUUGAAGGAUUAUUAAGAAAUGAAAUAUUCAAGCAUGUAACAAUUCAUCCUCUAAUUCUAUAGAGUGUUUUGAAUGCAAUACAAAACUUGGUGGCCUUGAUCAGUAAAUUCACAUGGCUUAAAUCUAAAAGAAAAUCUAAUGAAGUGGGAAUGAGUAUACAUUAAAAUAAAAUAUGUUGUUUUUGUAAUUGUUUUUCAUACUCUUCUAAGAUUACUCAUAUGCUGUAUUAUGGUCAAAGAUCCACAUAAGGAAAGGGGGGUACAAAGAAUUAAAAAGCAUAAAAAUGCAUCCAAAUAAAAAAUAUUAAAAUUCAUAUUUAAAGCUGAAAAUAUAUAUUUUUGUAUGUAUAUUGUGUUAUACAUGUAUUGUGAUCUACAUAUAUCCUAUAUCCAUGUCCUGCUCCUACCCCUCCUCUUUGAUUGCUUUUAAUUUUUUAUUUCUUUUAGCUUUUUAAUAUUUGUUAUUAAAUAAAAAUAUGUUUUAUUUU